CACCCUGUGAAGAGAGCCUCACGUGUUUCCUUCAUUUCUCCAUGCGUAUUGUGCUGUAGAAAGCAAGACAGGAGCUAAUUUAUCCAAACAAGAGAUUAAAACACUUUCUUCAGAGGAGACAGUUCACUAAACAGGUUGCCAUGUCCUCCUACACCUGCAUCAGCUGCAGAGUGGCGUUCACAGAUGGCGAGGUGCAGCGGGCGCAUUAUAAAACCGACUGGCAUCGUUACAACCUGAAGCGUAAAGUCGCCGACAUGCCGCCGGUCACCGCGGAAAACUUCCAGGAGCGAGUCCUGUCUCAGCGAGUGGCCGCGGAGAAACAGCUGAGCGACACGGCGGCCACCGAAGGCUGUGCCGUCUGCAGCAAGAAGUUCUCCAGCAUCAACGCCUACCAGAACCACCUGCAGUCCCACAAACACCUGCAGGCGGAGAAGCAGGCGCUGCUCGCCGCCCAGAAGAAGGUGGACAAGAUGAACGAGAAGAACCUGGAGAAGGGACUGGGCGAGGAGAAGGAAGAUCGAGACGCAAGAAACGAGGCGCUGCAGCAGGUGCUGAAGGAGCAGCAACGACCCGGUCCAGCGGCUCAGGCAGAGAAGAAGCCGAGGACAGCGGAGCAGCUGGAGUGUCCUCCGAGGAUGAUGUGGCUGGAGGAGCAAGCCAAGAGGAGGGAGAAGGACACUGGAGCGACGGCAGCUGUGGAAGAAGAGUGGGAAGACGUUGAGGGGGAGGAAGACGAUGAUGAUAUGGAGGAAGAGGAGGAGGAGGAUGAUGAGGAGGAGACGAUGGACCAGGAGGAAGGGGCUGCUGCUGCCGUCUCCGCCCCACGUCCAGCUGCUCUGCCGGGAUCCAUCCCCGUCACAGACUGCCUGUUCUGCUCACACCACUCCAAGUCUCUGAUGAAGAACGUGGCCCACAUGACGCGAGUCCACAGCUUCUUCAUCCCCGACCUCGAGUUCCUCGUCGACCUCAAGGGCCUCAUGCGGUACCUCGGAGAGAAGGUGGGAGCGGGCAACGUGUGUCUGUGGUGUAACGAGAAGGGGCGCUCGUUUUAUUCGGCUGAAGCAGUUCAGAGUCACAUGACCGACAAAAGCCACUGUAAGCUCUUCACGGACGGAGACACCGCUCUGGAGUUCGCAGACUUCUACGACUUCAGGAGCAGCUACCCAGACAGGAAAGAGGGAGAGGACGCAGAGAAGGACAAAGACGAGCUUCCUGAUGACCAGAACAUCGAGUAUGACGAUGAGCUGCUCGAACUGACGCUGCCUUCAGGCGCUAAGAUCGGACACCGCUCCCUCCUGAGGUAUUACAAACAGCGUUUCGGCGCUCAGAAAGCUCUGGUUCUGAGCCACAACAAGAACGCCGUGGGCCGAGUCAUGAAGCAGUACCGAGCUCUGGGCUGGGGAGGAGACGGAGGCUUUGCCGCCGUGAACCACAAGCAGAAGGACAUGCAGUACGUUCAGAAGAUGAAGAACAAGUGGAUGCAGAAGAUGGGAAUGCGCAACAACACCAUCUUGCAGGCGCACUUCAGAUUACAAAUCAUGUUCUAGACCACGGCAGACUUUACAUUUUUAGGAUGUCGGCUUUUAUCCAGAACACAAGACUUUCAGUGCAGCUGCAGAAACGCUGGUCUGUGGCACGACAUCAUUAACACGUGGAAACAAGUGAAGCUGUGUUGUGUGUGCGAAGGAGAUGCAGUCGUGUUGAUGUGGAGGAAUCUUUACUUUAACUCGAGAACAGUUAAAUUACAUUUUCAGUCAAAUCUGUGUUGAAUACUGUCCGUUAAUCUGCUUUAAGAACCCGAGUGCAAAAUCAACAACUUUGUGGAGAUAAAAGUGCAUGAAUCACAUUCAUUAAACUAUGUGUUGACUAAAAGCUGAUAUUAAGACAAUAUUUUAGACUCUGUUCACUUAGAAAACCUACUCUGCAUGUAAUACAUCUGAUAAAUGUGGAAAUAAAUUAAACUUAACUUGCAUAACA